UGUAAUUAUAGGGAAGGAUCGAAUUUCAACAAAUACCAUUAUUGUUUCAUGUGACAGAUCAAAACUUUAAAAUGAUGGGAUACCGAAUAUGACUUUAUUCCAAGAUGACGAAUUGGUUGUAUGUAAUUUAGCUGUGUCGUCUGCUGAAGUUUCUGGUUUCGUGGAGGAUAAAUCAAAAAGAGGGAAAGAUUUUUUGUUUAUUGUUGAUAUAUUAUGGUCAGAUGGACGAUCUUGUUGUGUAAGACGAAGUUACCAAGACUUUCUUGAUUUUAGAAAGAAUCUAAUCCUACGGAACAAGAAACUGACAGAUCUUCCAAAAUUACCUGAUUCUACUGUCAUACAAAUGUUUAAAUGGGACAAGACAAGCAUUGCAGAGGAAAGAGAAUCGCAACUUCAUUUGUUUGUAAAAAAGCUGAUUGAUGGCAAUCCACUGAUCGUCAGUUUGCCGUUGGUGUUGAAUUUCUUUGAACCUCGGCCCACAGAUCCCAUUCCUUAUAAACACCAUUCUGAUGGAGAGGAAGAUGAAGAUGAUCCAUUUUCAGAGGAAGUAUUCGAUUGCAAAUGGAUGAAACAGAAAAAAUGAACAUGUUCUUGUCUUUCUGUUUGAUCAUUAUGUCUUUGAUCAGAAACCAUUGACCAGUGCCAAAUCAAAAUAUUUAUUAUGUGCCAUAAUAUCAAUAAUAUUUAUAAACAUUUAUGAAUAAACAAAAUGUAUACUCUUU